AAGCACACGACUCGAAAUCGAACUUGCCUGGUUGCGCCUCCUGCGGCAGACCUUUAUUAAUCAUGAUCCGACCGCCGUAACUUUUGCUGCUCGUCUUCCACCACUCCUCCUACACUCUGCACUCCACCCCGACAUGCGCGACCCUCUUCCGGCCCCUGCGCUCUUCGUGGAGCUCACAAAGCCCCUCGCUAACAAGUUCUCACUGAACACCUUGCCAUAUCACGCGCACGAGAUCCUACUCGGUUUCCUAUGGUAUCAUUUCAUCCUCUACUAUCUUUCGCCGACCUUGUCACGCAUACUAUGCCCUCAAAGAUACAAUGGCUUCAACAAGCGCACCCGCUUGAACUGGGAUAUACACUGGGUCUCCAUGAUCCAGGCCCUGUUCGUCAAUGCUGCGGCACUGUAUGUCAUCUUUAGUGACCCUCAGCGCAAGGAGAUGGAUUGGAGGGGGCGGCUUUGGGGGUACACACCAGCUAGCGGCAUGGUGCAGGGCUUCGCUGCAGGAUACUUCCUUUGGGAUCUCCAGAUCUCGUCGCAAUAUCUAUCGCUUUCUGGGAUUAGCGCCCUUGUACAUGCUAUCGGCGCUUUGGCGGUUACGUGCAUUGGCUUUAGACCUUUCGGAAACUACUAUGGCCUCUCCUUCGUCUUGUACGAACUCUCGACACCUUUCCUAAACAUCCACUGGUUCUGCGACAAGCUUAAUCUUACCGGCUCAAAGAUCCAAUUCUAUAAUGGAAUCGCUCUGCUUGCCACCUUCUUCGGCUGCCGCAUUGUAUGGGGCACGUACCAAUCCGUCUUGAUUUACUCGGACAUCUACACAGCCUUGACAACAUCUUCGGACCCACUAGUAUCGAUGCUAGACACAGGAAAAUGCGAAAGCAACGCAAGCUCAAUCAGUCUUGGUUACAUAAGCGGCUGCGGCGCCGGGGACCUUCCUAUGUGGUUGGUAAGCAUCUACCUCGUUGGCAACACCGCUUUGAGCCUGUUGAACUUCUACUGGUUUAGCCAGAUGGUGAAGGCUGUCAGGAAAAGGUUCGUGGCGCAACCGGGGAGCAAGGCGAACGGACAGACGAAGAAGGGGCAGUAGAUGGACGAAGGACAACGACAAUAGAGUAGACAUUCUUACACUGUCUUAACAAGGCUAGCCUAUCAUACAUUAAGAACGCUUGAGUGCGACGGU